UUCCCUCGGCCAGGGCUGAGCGAUUUAUCCUCGUUGCAUCUGCACCGUUGGUCAUAUUGACCUUGGAACGCGCGUUGUUGCGGUGCUUCUUUACUUACCCCUUGCUGAGCUCGUCUUCUUGCAUUUGGAAAUCACGCACGGUAAGUGGAAGACGAUCUUUUCUUUGGAUGUUUUCUAGAACACAGCUGCUGCCUUAUUCUCUGUUGAUCUUCCAUUCUUCUUUGUUUCGUCCUUGGGAGGUUUUUUUUUUUUUUUCUUUUUUUUUUUUUCUUUGCCCUGUGUUUUCAAUGCUGGUUUUCCUGUUGCGACCACGGUGCGCGCAUUGUUUCACACAUGCCUUUCUCUCCAUCCCCAUCCCGCCCAGCUCCAGCUCCACUCCAUCCGCAAUUCUCCUCACUGGUGGGUGUUGAAUCUUGAAUCGGACAUCGAUCGACGGGUCAGCCGAACAGCAUCGUCGUCACUGUUUAUUUUGCACUUUGA